AUGAUUAGCACAGGGAACGGAGCUGGGACAAAUUGGAGCCGCUGCCGAGCUCGGGUUGGUGGUGGGCGGAGGGCAGCAGCAGGAUGGAGGUGUUGGACGGCCGCCCAGCCCCUCAAGCCCGGAUCACAGCGACCCCAAGCACACCUCAACAUGGGCGGUGUGAGUCCCGCAGAGGGUCCCACUCCCCCUGCCCCCCCGCCGCCGCCGCCACAGCAGCAGCCACAACCCGACGGCUACUGGAAUAUGCACCUUGAGGUGCUCAGCAAGUUGAAGGGUGAGGGUAAGGACUGGUAUGAGGGAGACAGCCUGGAUGGUAUAGGACAGGCCGGAGCCCUAAAGCAAGAGCCAGACCCGUAUGCUCCUUACUCUCACCUCCACCAACACCACCCCAUGACCCCAGAAUCCAUGCAUGGACCCUCACUCAAUGGACCACACAACGGACCACAUAAUGGACCACAUAACGGACCACUCACUGGGCCUCACAACGGAUCUCACAUGGGGUACCCGCCUCUCCAGCAGCAGACCCAGCAGCAUCAGCACUAUCAGGGCUACCAGAGUCACCCUGGGAUGGGGGACAUGUCUCCCAUGUCGCCCAACUACCAGGGACACCCAAGACCUCCACCUCACCCGCAGCAGCACAUGAAUCAGCAGCACAUGGGUCCGCAGCAUAUGGGUCAGUACCCUGACCAGCAGCAUAUGGGUCACCCACACCCUGGCCAAUACCCAGGCCAGCCCAUGGGAGGUCACAUGGGCCAGGGCUUGCCAGGUCAGGGCCAUCCGGGGCAUGAAGGGCCUCCGGGACGGGAAGGGGACCCAUACAGUUUUGUGGACGAGUACAGCGGUCCGCCUCCUAGACCAGUCGAGGAGAUUCUUGGCCAGACGCAGCCCAAGAGAAGAGGGCGUAAACCAAAGCACAUAAAGCUUAUGGAAAAUGGUGCUGUGCCGUGGUAUGAUGACUGCAGUGUGCACGCCACGACAGCUGCAGGGGUACACGAAACACCUGAUGCAAUCAGUAUAAGCGGGGACCCAUUAGCAAUAGCUGCUGCUCAAGCUGCCCACGAAGCCAAGAAGCGCAAGUGGAAGCAAUUAGGACCUGAUGGCAAACCAGUCCUGUCGGUGGUCAAACAGCGGAAAAAAGUUGACCGAUUUGAUGGUAUCCCGGAGGACGAAGUGACCAAGAAGACGUUACCCGACCACCUAGGACCUAACCUGGAUAUAGUCAUUAUUGGAAUAAAUCCAGGUUUAUUUGCGGCUUACAAGGGACACCAUUAUGCCGGCCCAGGAAACCACUUUUGGAAAUGCUUAUACCUGUCUGGCCUGAUCCCCGAGCCACUUACUUCCGAGGAUGACUUCCGAUUACUGGAACAUGGAAUCGGCUUUACCAACAUUGUUGCUCGUACAACAAGGGGCUCGGCAGAUCUUACACGCAAGGAAAUUAAAGAAGGUGGACAGAUAUUAUUGUCAAAAUUGCAGCAGUUCCAGCCAAGAAUUGCAGUCUUCAAUGGAAAAGGCAUUUAUGAAAUCUUUUCUGGGAAAAAGGAGUUCACCUUUGGCAGACAACCGGAAAAGAUUGAGGGAACACGCACACAUGUAUGGGUGAUGCCCUCGUCCUCGGCUCGAUGUGCUCAGCUACCUAGAGCCCUCGACAAGGUCCCGUUCUACACUGCUCUGAGGAAGUUCCGCGACUUCAUCAAAGGAACACUAGACGAGCUGAACGAGGAGGAGAUUACCUUUGUGAACGUGAAGGCAAAGUCUUACAAAAUGGAACAUAGUGAGAAGCAGGAGCAUGGGUGUGAAGGGCAGCCCGGAGAGGUCUGUCCGACGGCUGACCCAUUGAGCUCACCCAUAGACGGAGACAGCAUGUUGACCAUCAAGGAGGAGCCUGAUGUAUCCACCAAGCUGGAAGGUGAUGUGGAUGAGGAUGAAAUUAGUAAAAACAUGCCCAAGACUCUCUUCAACCUGAAUGGGAUGACCAGAGAGCAGUUAGACUGUAUGGAUUGUCCCACAAUACCAAUCAGGAAAAAGCGAGGAAGGCCUAAGAAGACCCCAGACGACCCCAAUGCUCCACCCCGUCCUCGGCCACGUCCGAUGAACAUGGAUCCACUCCUGUUCAAUGGUGAGGAGCCCAUCAAGAAGAAGAGAGGGAGGCCGAAGAAGGUCCUGGAGGAUGGGACGAUACCCCCUCCCAAGCGACCGGGUCGGAAGCCGAAGGCGCUCAAGGAGAUGCUUGCUGCCCAGCAGCAGCAGCAUCCGCAUUUACAGCAGCAUACCCAGCACCCACAGCCCCAUCAGCCCCAUCAACCACAUCAGCCCCAUCAGCCACAUCAGCCCCAUCAACCACAUCACCCAUCAACAUCAUCAGCAGCAGUCAACACAACAUUAAGUCAACAACAACAAUCACUAAGUCAACAACAGCCUCCACAACCAGUGGGGAUGACGCAUAUGAAUGGCAUGAUGUCCCCAACGGGCUUUAGUCCCAACCCAGGUGCUCAGACUUUCUCUCCCCAGUACGGAGGCCACACCCCAGUGCAUGGAGGAGGGAGCCUCACCCCCAACCACAAUGCUGGCAAUCAGACCCCAGGUCACACUGCAGCCAUGUUACCAAGAGGGCCAACACCCCAGCAGCAAUUUGGCCAGUCACCUGGUUACUCCCCUGGUCCAGUGAGCAGUCAGCUCCAGCAGCAGCAACAGAGUCAGCAGCAGCACAGAGCAACACCUUACAGCCAAGCUGACACACCAUCAGAACUCAAGGUGGAAGAAGAACACCAUUUAGGUCUGUCUUCUCCUCCUGGAUCACCACUGAUGGCCCAGCCAGAUUUUGAGCCUCCUAGCAGUAUGCCAGAAGGAGACAUGUCUAUUGGUGCUUCAGACACACAGAGCUCAACAGCCCUAACCCCAGGUCAUCAGGAGGAUGGGAAGACGUCUGUACCAUUAAACUCUAGGGACCAGCCUCAGCUCACGCCAACCAUGCCUGGCCAGUUCUCAAACCCCACAACCCCUGUUGAUGGCAGUUCUUACCAGAACUACCCCUCUUAUCCUUCCAAUGCAUCACAUUCACCAUCGAUGGUCAAGCCUGCAGUACAUCCCGGACAGUCUCCAACCUUGGUGAAUAAGGGAGAUAUAGCGUCAAAGAGCUUGUCGGGCCUGGAAUCAUUAGUGGACCAGAUACCAAGCUUAAAUGAGCAUGAGACAAGCAGCCAACAUUCUGCUCACUCUAACUCUGCCCCCUGUUCCAACCCAACCACUCCUGGCCCUCCUGCGGGGUCCGCCCCGUUCAGUCCUGGCCAUGUUCCGCCCACCUCCUCUUAUCAGAGCUACCCAGGGGUCAGCAGCUCAGGAGCUUCAGCAUACUCCACCUCUCACUAUGGCUCCCCACAGUCCUCACACCCAUACUCCCCACACUACAGCUCCAACAGUACAAACCUCAGUACAAAUUUCAGUGUGAGCUCACUGGCCAAUAGCAGCAUUAGUACGACUAUGUCUUAUAGUAGUGCUUAUGAUCUGGGGUCUCCGCAAGCGUCGACCAGCUCAUUUAGUGUGUCAUCGUUGACGAGCAGUGCCCCUGCCCCCUCACCCUCCAUGUACAGCCAGUCCUAUUCUCCUGCUCCUCCAACUGCUCCUGGGCCACCUCCAUCUCACUCAUCAUACCCAGAUAUUAUGAGCCCCUCCAUGUUGGCUCCCACACCUCCCAUGGGCUCAUCAUUUAUGGGAUCCCCCAGUUUGAUGAGUUCACCCACACCAAUGAGCUCAAGUAUGGGUAGCUCCUCAAUGGGACCCAUGGGUGCUCUACACUCCUCUAUGGGAAUGGCAGGGUCACAGCUACCAUACCCAUAUUCACAAUAUAGUGAAGCUGCCCCAGGAUACCCCCCUCCUGGGCACUCCACGUUCCCGUACCCUCCCACAGCUCCUGGGUUCCAUGUUCCCUCCCCCCGCUUCCCCUACCCGUCCCCCUACGCUAACUCCCCCUAUACUCAAGGCUACUCCCAGAAUGCCGUGCUGGAGCGCAUCAAGCAGACCAGUAUGGGCAUGGGCUUUGGGGGAUUUUAAGGUGCAAGGAUAGUAACAAUAGAAGUACUCUGGUGUAGUGUACUAGCCGUGUAAAGGAAAUAGGUCUCACUGUUUCCCAUGCUCACUGUAUUGUCUCAGUGUCAGUUCCUUGUUUUAGCUUUUUUAUAUAUUUGUUACCCUAGAGCACCUGGUAAGCUCCACUUUCAUCUCCUCACUGUCAAGUGAUAAAGUGAAGGAGGUUGUGGUACUUGAAAGACUUAUUGUAUGUAAACUGUUCUCUGUGUGUGGAGAAGGGAGUGUUUGCUAAAUAUGACAGGGUAAUAAUAAUUGCUAAGCAUUGUGAUGCACUACAGCAGCACUCCUCCCCUCAGUGAACAGUGUCGACUGUUGCAUCACCAUUCCUGCGUUGUGCACCAAUAAUGGCCAGUGAUCUCAUGAGCCGUGUAACAGGCCGACUGACCCAGCCGCUUUGGGGCAGUUAUCAUCAUAACUAACAAACGCUAGGUACCACCUGCUUGGAUGGUCCCAACCACCUGCCAGGAAACGGUAGUCCCACUGCACUAGUAAAUCAGGGGACAAAAAUAAAAUAAAGUCCUUUGUAACAGUGAACCUGGGGACAAAGUCCUCCACAACAGUGAAUUGGGACUAAAAAGUCCUGUUAAAAGUGAACUAAAAACUGGAAGGUCCUGCCAGAAGUGAACUGAGCUUACCCCACGUGUAAUAUCUUGACAAACUUAUGUCCCAGACAGAAACUUGUGAUGUGGAGAUGUGUGUGUGUGGAAGUGAAAGAGGAAUUACAUUUGGUUUCCAUGAGAUUCAGAAAAAAAUAAUAGGUUUUGGCACCCAGUCCAGGAGGCUUGUGAAGAAGUUUAUGUGUGAGACAGUUCCUUCCAACAGAUAAUGUAAAGUAGCAUUAAGAAGCCAGACCCUUUUGUAUGGAGAGCACAAUACUCUUUUGGUGCAAUAUAGUCAUCAAUCACUCAUGCGCACAGUGUUGACAGAUGUUUUUGAGGAUAUUAACACACUUGUUUAUAUCUACCACCCAUAUUUGCAGUUUAAUGAUUUGUAGUGACAACCUCCCACCUUAAAACAAAAUUAUCACAGACUAUCUAAUACAGUUUGUGAAGCCAUGAAUUUUCUCAAGGGUACUUUCUACUUCACAGUAAGCUCAUGUUAAGAAUCUCAUUAUACUAGUUUCAGUGACCUCUGAUUGCUCAGAUAUACUAUUUGACUGUGUUGAAUUACUUUGAUAUUGACAAAUAAUGUGUAACAUUGUAAAGGCCAUGGCUUUGCAUCUGGCGUCUGUAUCCAAUUAUUGAUUGAUACGUAACUCUUGUAUCCAACUGUUUGAAACCUGGUGUCUGCCCACAAGCAGUAGACAGUCAGGGUUGUGGUGCCCAGCUGUGUUCCAAGCAUCAUAUAGCAGUAGAAAUUGGUUAUGACCCUUGAUAAUAAGGUGAACUUCAUUCAUCCAGUGACAAAUGAUUUGCUGUGGACAAAUGUAAAACUUGAUUUCCACAAUGCUCGUAAAUUUUUAUGAAGAGUACAUAUUACCCAUUUAAAAAAGACAAAAAACAAAAAGUCAAAUGUCUAUUGGGAAAAUUAAACGAGAACUAUUGUAACCAAGUUUUGCUAUUUGAUGAAGGUAUAUGUCAGCACAGUCUCAAAGCUGAGUAGAUGUAGGUAGUGUGUCAGGAAGGGAGGAUAUUGGUAGGCCAUCACUUGCAGACUAUGAUUUUUAAAACCGUUUCAAGCCAGAGUUAUGAAGCAAAGCAAUCACUCAUCACUGUGGUAGUCUUUUUUGUGAUAUAUUAGCGAGUCCAGUCUAGUUCAAAAGUGUCAGUGUUUCUCAUCACUCGAAUAGUUUGCAGGAUUUCAAUCCGGAUAUAACAAUACAGUUAGAGCUUAAUAAAUCACCAGUCCAUUUGAUUUCUUUUUUUGUUUUGUUUUUGUUUUUGAUACAAUAAUAGUUUCAGCAGGGAUGUGGAUGGUUGUACUGUGAGCAUAUUAUAGAAAGGGUGGGUUAAUGUGAAUAAUUAAUGUUAUUUUGGGGUGGGUUGUUGUGGGUCAUUUUUGGGUGGAAUGGUUGUAAUAAAUGUUGGUUGUAUGUAUGGUCUUUGUUAUCUACAAGAGUAUAUAUUGUUAGAUGUUUCAUUGGUUACAUAAACUAACCAGUUUGUAAGUCUGUACUGUAAUUUUUUUAGGGAAAGCCAGACUAUUGUAUACAUAAUGUAAUGUAUAGAUUUAUUUAUUAUUUUUUCCAUUUUUAGAGUUAACUUCAGUGAACAAAGGAAUAUUCGUCAUACAAAUACUUUUACAAUAGAGUUUUUAAAGCAUUUUUUGCCAUUUUCAUCUGUAUGUUGUUAAGAGAUUGUAAAUGUUUGCAUCAUUAAGGUUUUUUAAUGUAGCAGUUUACAGACCGUGCUGACAUAAUUUCACAGUUUACCCAGGAGUUUACCUGUAGCUCAAUACUGGAAAUAAAAAAGAAGAAAAAAAGAGAGAAGAAAGCAAAAACAAAAAAGAAGAACUGGUGCAGCUCAGGCAGCUAAAUAACCUUUAAAUCCAUUUCCUUCAGACUGCCAGCUGAACACUCCCGUAGCAGGUGCUCGAGAGGGUUCUGCCCCUUGUUAGUAUUGGCUCCCUUGAUUCCUACGAGUUUGCUUUAUCGUUUCCAUGACCCUGACAGAACAUAUCACACCACCUGCUUGAUGGCAAACAUAAUAACUGUUUGUAGGAGAAAUUAAAAUCAAAACGAUUGUAAUCUAUGCAAGUUAUAAUGUUUUGGCAUAAAUGUUUCGCCUCAAUGAACGUGUAAAAUUCAAUAGCUCAUCCACACUUCAGAUCAUAAUGACCGUAAAUACAUUUUUCAGCUGUGGCUCCAUUUUUUAAAAAAAGGAAUUAUCAUUUCAUUUUUUACAAUAUGUUUUAUUUUUCAUUUUUGUCUUUCUUUUUUUAAUUAAUUAACUUACUAAGCAAUAAGAAGAGAGAAUAUGUAGUAGUGUGCAUACUUUAGUGUUGACAACUCCUGUAGGUGUGGUUGGUGUGUAUGGGUGGUGGCGCAAGGUGCCCGCGGAGGCCAUCCCACCACCCCUUCUUAAACGAUCCCUCGGCCACCAGGUACCAUGUCUGCAACUUGACCACCACCACAGGUACCGCUUCUGAAUGGUAGUUGUGUGCACAGGCUGCCACUGGUGCACUAGUAUGACUGUGAUACUCUGCGUGUUCUUUCGGGUGUGCCAUGAGCAUGGUGGUUGGUGUAAGGUUUGUGUCCCGGGGUACCGCGGGAAGGGUCGGGUGGGCCGCACGAUCUCAUUGUUAAGGUGUUGUCCCCCCCGUGGCUCCAGGCCCCUCCCCCCACCCCCUCCCAGUCUUUCCCGUGGCGCCUGUGGUGGUGGUGGUGGUGGUGAGCCAGCGUUGGUGAUGACAGUGGUGGCUGUGGAGUUGCAGCAUCACCACUAGCACUCAUGGACAAUUCACUCCCCCUCCCCCCUUCCCCUCCCCUCCUCCACUCCAGCUAGCGGUCUCACCCAACCUCUCCCAGUACCUAACGUGUCUUGUUCCAGUCUUUUUCUAUAUUAGAAAUGUUCUUGUGUUACUAUUAAUGUGCAUUAUUUAUUCUCACUUAUUAUUAUUAUUAUUUUUUAUUUGUUAUACACUUUUAGAUAGUGUAGCUAUGUUUCUCACCCUCGGCUAGGGCCGGGGUGCAGCGCUGUCGCUGGUGACGUGUGUGGCACCGUAUUCCAUCCAUGACUAGUUUACCUCACGUUCCUCUCCGUAUUUAUAGCUUAUAUUUUGAGAGCAUUUUGUGUGUACAUAGCUUUUCUCCAUCUUCUAAUGCCACUCCCUCGGAAAGAAGAGCUGAAUCUCACUCUCCCCCCAAAGCCUCAAGCCCCCUCCUCUCCCCCUCCACCUCCCCUCCCCCACCCCUUCCUUGAACGGCUUCCCAUGACCAUAGGCUCGUGGCCGGCUUCUUCACACUCCGCUAAAUAGAUUUUUUUUUUCAAUGUAUAAAGUGACAACAGUAGGUUUAGGCUUCGACCUGGGUGGUAUUCUCAGCUGUCCAGGACUUAAUGAAGAGUUUUUUACCAGCCUGUGUUAGAUGUCCGUGCAGUUUUCAGUUUCUGUAUGAUGAUGAAAAAAUGAGGAUAGUCGCGUGUUGCUCUGAAGGUAGGCAGGUAUCCAUGUGGGUAGAGUACGUAAAUAAGUUUUGUAAUUUAUACCAGAUGUUUCAUAUAUUUUUAAAAUAUUUAUUGCCGUUACUGCACUUUUUCCGUUAUGGGCACGGAAGGUCUCUCUGCUUCUCGCUGUUGAGCUUUAAUGAAUCCAUUGUUGCAGCCUGAGAGGCGUGGGCGGGAGGCCAGCGAGGCGUCCCCCCCACGCCCGCAUCCCCAUGCCCAUGUACAACCCACACUGUCACAAGCAGGUUGCCACAUCUGUUGCCUACCUGCCUGCCAGCAGUAUGGCAACCUUAUGCCCUGGGAUGCUAUAUUAAGUACUCAGUUCUUUUGGUAUUGUUUUAAAUACCAGGUGUGUCAAUAGUGAGCAUUGUUAACAUGGUGGGCAUGGGGGUGCAGCUGAUGCGUGGCCAGCGGUGUGGGUGAGACGUGCAGGCCCACAGCGCGUGUGGCGUGGGUCACCCUCACCCCAGCAGGUCGCCUCAUCCCUCACUCAUCGCUCCGGGCCGGUGCCCUUCACCCCCCUGGGCAGCCAUCCCCUCCACUCCCCCCCCUCUCGCAACUGAUACCUGUGUUUUUAUUUGAACGAGUCUGUACAGUUCUUGUGUAAUGACUAGAAAUAUUACUGAGGAUAAUGAAAUAAUAUACAUGUGUUGUGAUUUCUCAAACAAAAUAAAUAGUGUGAAUUGUGUUCCUAA